CAACUCUGUAUAUUGAAUACAAAUAUUGAAUUCAAUAUGUAAAUAUUUAUUCACAUAACGCCCAAUAGAUAGGAAAAAAGCAAAAUAUUAUUAUUCGUUUUGCUUUACGCGAAAUCUAUACUACCACCAAAUAUGUCGAUUCGUUAAUGUUGUUUGAAUAAUCAAAUAAAAAGCUCAAAGGGCAAAGAAAAAUGAUAAUACCAUGUCUUUUGUCUUGAUAGAUCCAUAUAUCUUUUUUUUUAUAAACCAAAAUGGAUUAUAUAACCUGAGGUGAUGUGAUAGUCAACAAAAUGAAUGAAAGAAUACAAUAUUCUAUUGGAAACCCUUCUAUCAGAUUAAAUAUUCCAUCAUCAAUGGUGACUGCCCAUCGAAUUAUUCAUGAUUUGAACAAUGUCGAUACAACACUACAAUCUUAUCCAUCCAAAGAAUUUGAAAUUCGUACAAAAUCAAUUGUAUAUAAUGAUAAUAAUAAUGAUGACAAUACGAUUAAUGAUAAUGAUAACCACAUCAACGAUAAUAAUAGUGAAAUUGUCACAAAUAGAUUAUGCUGUAUGAGUAGAGAAUUGUGGACAUGUCUAUUAUUAUCAUCGAUUGUAAUCGGUCUUCCUAUAGCCAUCAUUAUAAUGCUCAUUAAUUUGCCUCGAUUAUCAAGUCAACGUGACACACGCCAACAGCAUUAUAUUCUGUUGGCAUUUGGUUUACCUUUUUCCUGUGUGAUAAUUGUAGCAAUAUUAUAUGCCAUUUAUAGUUUAAUACGACGAAUCAGACGUGGACCAAAUAAUUCACGUAUAUGGAAUAAAUCGAUUAAUUUACGACAUAAUUCGAUUAAGUCUCAAAAUUCAUCAACAAGUAUGGAUGAAGAGCCAAAAUUAUAUUCAUUAGUCACACAAGUGAUGACGAAUCAACGAAUUUCAUUGUCAACGCCAAAUCUUUCACAACGAAUCGAACGUAAUCACUCAUUACAGUAAACAAACUUUUUUUUUUUUUUUUUGGUUCAUCGUUAUAAAA